AUGCCUCCUCUCUAUUCUUCCAACCUCCAGGCAAAUACUCGCGACUCCCUGGAGCUCGCCUCCCUCGCCAGCUCCAGUCAAAUAGGCCCAGGCACAUCGGACACGGAUUCUCGACCCAGCAUCUCGUCCUCUCGACGGCUUUCUCUUGAGCAAGACGACCCUCUCGACUCCCACAACCCUGCUUCUAAUGCGCGACCCAACUAUGGACACGGCCGGUCCUUUUCAGUAUCCUCAGGCUUCGACAUCGCGGCCAACCUCUUUCCACUCUCAUCCACAACCGCCGGCGGGUAUGCUCCAAUAGGUGCACCUACAUCGUCAUCACAGCCGAACGGAGGCCUGGGUGGCGGGUCUCUCGAGAAGCACAAGACGUUGACCUACCUCAACGGCCUGUCGCUGGUCAUUGGCAUCAUCAUUGGCUCGGGGAUCUUCUCUGCGCCAAGCCAAGUCAACUCCAAUGUUGGGUCGCCCGGAGCAGCCCUGAUCAUCUGGGUCAUCGCUGGUGUUCUAGCCUGGACUGGUGCCAGCAGCUAUGCGGAACUCGGUGGUGCCAUCCCCCUGAACGGCGGUGCGCAGGUCUACCUCGCCAAGAUUAUCGGCGAGCUCGCUGGGUUCUUGUUUACUUGGGUCGCCGUGCUGGUCUUGAAACCAGGCAGUGCCGCCAUCAUCGCCAUUAUCAUGGGAGAGUACCUGGUCCGGGCCUUCAUAGGCGCCGAGGCAGAGACGAUAAACCCUUGGAUCAACAAGUCUGUCGCUAUCGUCGGACUCCUUGUCGUCACCUUUGUCAACUGUGUAUCCACCAAACUGAGCACCCGGGUGAAUGACAUGCUCAUGUUCCUGAAGUUCAUUGCGUUAAUCGGCGUCACGGUCACGGGUAUAGUCGUGGCAAUUACAGGGCAUUCUUUCUCCGGAUCUGCAAAUCUGGACUGGAAGAACCAUGAGUGGUUCGAGGGGACCAAUAAGAACCUUUCUGGCUGGGCCGUGGCCCUGUAUGCGGGCCUCUGGGCCUAUGAUGGCUGGGACAACACCAACUUCGUGGUUGGGGAGUUCCGAAACCCCAGUAGAGACCUCCCUCGGGUCAUUCAUACCGCUAUGCCCUCCGUCAUCGUUUGCUACGUCCUGGCGAACGUGGCGUAUUUUCUAGUGCUCCCCUUUGCGAGCAUAAACUCGACAAAUACCGUGGCUGUCAUGUUCGGCAACAAGGUUUUCGGACCCAUUGGCUCUCUCGUCUUUGCGCUUAUCGUGAGCGCAUCCUGCUUCGGCGCGCUGAACAGCUCGACUUUCACAUUUGGGCGUCUCACAUACGUUGCUGGUCGAGAAGGCUACUUCCCCUCCGUCCUGGGCCGCAUUGGCCUGUCUGCAGACUCGAUGGAGCGGGCUUCAUUGAGCACUACGCGGACGCGCAACUGGUUCUCAAAGAAGCUUUCGAACCUCUUCGCAGACGAAGAUACCGGCCUCUUCUUCACCCCCAUAUACGCGCUGGUACUGAAUGCUCUUCUGAUGAUCGCAUACGUUGUUGUGGGCGAGUUCGGCACUCUGGUCACGUUCUACGGAGUUGCCGGAUACACAUUCUACUUCCUCACAGUCCUUGGCCUCAUCAUUCUCCGGGUUAAGGAACCCCACCUGGAGAGGCCUUAUAAGACGUGGAUCACGACGCCCAUCAUCUUUUGCUGCGUCAGCUUGUUCCUCCUGAGCCGGACGCUAUUUGCUCAGCCGAUACAGACGCUGAUCGUAGUGGCGUUUGUCGUUGCCGGCAUACCGGUCUACUUUUGGCGCAUUAAGGGCAGAGACAAGCCGGCCAAGCGAGAGAUGGGCGAGUCUGGUGAGGGGAGAUCCAGCUGGUGGAAGUUCUGGAAAAGUAGGCAUUAG